AUGGAUAGUUACUACAAUUCUACAUUGCCCCCAGAUGUCACCAUCAUCGGCCAAGUCUUCGGCGACGAUGGCGACGACGACAACAACGAAGAGGUGAUCGGAUCUUCCUACAGCAUCCCUCUCCUGGUCGCUUACGUCACCUUUGCUCUCUUUGGAUGUAUUGGGAAUAUUCUCGUCAUCGGUGCCGUGUUCGUACACCACAAACUUCGUGUUCUUAGUAACACUUUCUUAGUCAACCUCGCCGUCGCCGACCUCAGUGUGUCGGCAGUCAUCAACGGUUUCGGUAUCCUGGGACUCAUCAAUGUCCGAUUCUUUGAAGACAAGCCAGCGCUCUGUGAAAUCAUCGGCAUCGUUUGCGUGACAAGUUGUUGCGGAUCAUUAUGGAGCUUAGCAAGCAUCGCCAUCAAUCGGUACAUCGCCAUCUGUCAUCGAGAUAUCUACCGUCGCAUCUACACUCGACGGACCAUGCCCCUUCACCUCAUCCUCAUCUGGACUGUGUGUUUCCUCGCCGACAUCCCCAACCUCUUCGGCAUGGGCGAUCACGAAUUCGACCCGGUUCUCCUGGUCUGUACAUUCGACUACCGCGAGUCGUACAACUACAAUAUUUUCCUCUUCAUCCUGGCCUUCUGUCUCCCAAUGGUGUUCAUCUCGUUUAGUUAUGUGAAAAUCUUCAUCUACGCUAAGGGAAUCUCACGGGAGCUACGCAAUCUCCAAAUUGACAAGGAUAACGAAAAGAGCAAUAAGAAGCACUACAAGAUUCGUGUAACCGAUCGUCGUCUCCUUCGAACGAUCAUGAUGCUCGUCAUCUUCUUCAGUCUCAUGUGGGCCCCAUUUUCUUUGAUCGUGGUCAUAGACCGCGAUACUACCUUCCCACCUCUGGUCUAUAUCCUUGUCGCCAGUCUCUCUCAUACUAACUCCAGCAUCAACUGGCUUCUCUACUGCGCCACCAAUAAAAACUUUCGUGAGGGAUACAGGACCUUCAUCUGUAAGAUAUGCUUGUGUGGGAUGGUGAAAACCAAGAAGAACUUCAGUAUAGACAUGGGCAAGAUAAUGUUCAACCGCAGAACGAACAACGAAUCGAUGUCAAGAGAUAUGUCUCGAACAGGAGGUCAGCGAACCACCGAAGAUCAACUCUAGAAGAGGAAAAGAGAUCAAGAUAGAACUGUAAAGAGUUGAGAGGAGAGAAGGAAUGGAAAAAAGCAGAGAUUCCAUGCAUGGAUUUAAAAACGACACUUUAUCGAUGAUCAUACUCCAUUCGAGUCGAUUGCUGGUCAAUUUGAAUUGGGCAAAAUGAAACAUGUUCGAUAAUAAGAUUCAAGUUUCCGCCACAAUAGCGAAAGGGGUAUGGGGCCAAGGGUACUGGGUAAUACAUCUUAGGAUGUGCAGUCAGAAAUCUGCAUCCUAGUAUGAUGGGCAAAAUUUUCAAAGAUUCAUUAAAAAUCUUGUGUAACUUAGCAUGUUAUGCUUGGUCACCGGGGGGGGGGGGGGGGGGGGCACUCGGAUUUGGAAACGGUGUAGGGGUGUAUUGCCUCAAAACCUGAAUCCAUAUUAUAUCAUAUAUAAGGUCCAGUGCACACUAAGCGAUCAGAUGCGACGCGAUUUUUUAAUAAAUCGCAUUUUGCAUUAAUGUGAAAGUUCCGAGAAGUAAAAUUAUUUCACUUGAAGUUCGGCAUAAUGUUAGGAAUCACAAAAUCAUAAUUUUGCUUUACGGCAAGCCAUGUGGUCGGAGUAAAGUCCAAAAUCGGCUUCAAGUCGCAGCCGAUGAUGACGUCAUUACAAAUUUGAUUUGAAUUUAUUCCAAAAAAUUGGGUUAAAGUGCUCCAUGAGGGUAAUUAUGUGCACAAUCAAUAUUGAGCAUUUCUUGUGGGCAUUUUUAUUUAUCCAGAGUGAUGUAAACUUUGCCCAUUCUGUAGUAAUUGCUGCUUAUUUAUUAACCUUUUAAGUUACUGGACAAUAUGCUUCCCGCAUUGGGUAAAAUACUGCUCCUAUAUUGGUUGGACACAUAUUUACCCUCUUGAUGGUAAAAAAUUCACCAAAUAAUUUUUUACAGUGUGCAGGGAGGCUUCAACUAGACUGAAUUUCGAUUUUAUUAGCUAGUCCUAUCUCUGUUCUGAACUCUGUUCGCUAAGAAUAUUGGUUGGAAUGUCUAUAUCAAAUGUUAUUACAAUAUUAUUUCUUUGAAAUUCGGAUCGCAACGAAUCGCAUACUGUGUGCGCCAGGCCGGGCCGCUGGGCUUAAGAACUGAAGCUGCUUAUGAAAUGGGGGGGGGGGGCUUGAGAACUAGAUAGGGGUGUUUGGGAACUGGAAUUUGACACAAAAUGUGGGUCUUUAGAACUGACGUCUGAAAUGAGGGACUAAGUAACUGUCUAAUGAAAUUAAAUCGAGUCUUAAAAACUGAAUAACCAGUGUUCGUACGGUCAAUAAAAAAGGGUGAAAAAAGAAUUGAUAUGCUUUGGAACGGCUUAAUGAAAGGGGGGGGCACAUACCAAUGCUAUCAUUUUACGUGGAGUUCCACCUCCCAUCCCCUCCGGGGGCGGAGUCCGCUCGAUUAUUAGGCAUGAAAAAUGCCAGGGCUUUUUUUGUUGUGUUCUUCUGCAAAUGCACACAGUAGGUAGAUACUACCACCUACCUACAAAAAAAAUGGUGAAAUGAAAAAGGAAUAGUAAUAAGAAUG